CACAAUGCGGUUGAACACAGCUCGAAGAAACUCUCAUCACCAUGGAUGUUGACAAAGUCUUCCACAUGACAGGAGGAGUUGGAGAAACUAGCUAUUCCAGAAAUUCUUCACUCCAGAAGAAGGCAUCUGAUAUGGUGAAGCAUAUAAUUCUGGAGACGGUGGAAGAAGUUUAUCUCGCAACAAAGCCCAAAAGCAUAGGGAUAGCUGACUUAGGUUGUUCCUCAGGACCUAAUACGUUGUCAAACCUUAAAGAUAUGUUGGACAAAAUCGAAUGUAGCAGCCGCAACAAGCUUAAGCAACCGGCACCCGAGUUCCGAGUUUUUCUCAACGACCUUCCGACGAACGACUUCAACGCUAUUUUCCAGGCCUUGCCAAAAUUUCAUCAAUUGUUGAAGCAGAAAAGAAAAAAUGAUGAAAAUGGAGGGACUUCAUCAAAUAUAUAUAUAGCUGCUUAUCCUGGCUCAUUUUAUGGGAGACUAUUUCCAGAUCAUUGCUUGCACUUUAUCUAUUCCUCUUAUAGCUUGCAUUGGCUUUCCAGGGUUCCACCAGGAUUAUAUGAUGAACAAGGCAAUUCCUUGAAUAAAAACAGCAUAUACAUUUCUGAACAUAGCCCUUCUGUGGUUUCCAAAGCUUACUUUGAGCAGUUUGAGGAGGACUUCUCAUUGUUCCUCCAUUCACGGUCGGAUGAGCUGGUUAGUGGAGGAAAGAUGGUGCUGAUUUUGUUAGGUAGGGAAGGUUUUAGUCAUGUUGAUAGAGGAAAUGUUUUCUUCUGGAAAAUCCUCUAUCAAGCAUUAACGAAUUUAAUUAGUAAGGGAGAAGUGGAAAAGGAAAAGCUUGAGUCUUAUGAUGUACAUUUUUAUGCACCAUGUAAGGAAGAAAUACAAGCAGCAGUAAAUGUAAAUGGGUGCUUUGAAGUGGAACGGCUAGAAACGUUUGAAAUAGAGAAAGCAAUUGCAAAAGGUAUGAGCUAUGGAACAACGGUGGCUAUGACAGUUAGGUCUAUCCAAGAAUCAAUGGCGGCUCACCAUUUUGGAGAAGCAAUUAUUGAGGACUUGUUUCAGGAAUAUGGUAGAUUAGUGGAUGAAGAGAUGGCAAAGGAGGAAAUUAGGCCAAUCACUUUCCUCCUCGUUCUUCGAAAACCAUAACAAAUUGAUACUGUCACGGCGAUGAGGCAUCACUUUAAAUAGUUGUGGUUGAUGUUGUGAUAGGUUCUUAUUUGUAGCUUUCUACCUCUUGUCUCUCCUCUAGGAGCCUCUUAGAUCAAAAAUUAAAAAAUUAGUUAUUUUUAGAAGUACUUUUAGAAGUAAAUUAAAUAUUUAACAAAUAA